AUGGGAAGCGAAACAAAUGGACUCAGAAGCAGCCCAUCCACAGGGUGUCUGUUACCGGCAACCAGCUCUGCUGGAGAGUUAGCCUCAUAUUCUUCGCUUUCAUUGAGCAGCACGUCUGGAGGAAGCCCACUUGUGACCUCCCAGGAUUUCCGAAAGACCUCAAGCAACAUCUGUGGGGAAGAGAAAGAAGCUCUCAAGAGGGACCAGGUGCAACAAGACAAGAUCUGGAGGGAGGUUGUAGAGGCUGAGAAGAAGGCAACCAAAUAUUGGUACCAGAACUGGAGUUUCCUACAGGACUAUGACCCACUGGGCAAGAAAAAAGUGCCUGCCCAGCUCCCUGAAUAUAUAUCAAUAUUUUCGGACAAAAUUCCCAAUACCACCAACCGCGUUAUUGGCAGCAGAAUGAACACUGAUCUUGGCAAAAGGCUGAUAAAAAUGGACUAUUUCCUCAAUUAUGGAAGAAGAAAAACAAAAACCGACCGAGAACUCCAGCCUUCCUAGAACGAAACAGAAAUGUGGGAAACAAGAGUUGUAUUGUUUUUACAGAAUUGUAAGAAGACAUGUUGGCCUGUGAACAAAAUACGUAGGAUAUAUGUUUCUAAUCUCAUGAGUUAGGCUGAAGUCUGAGAAUUGUACAUAAUCAGAGCUAGGAUUAGAGGCCUUUGCUAUGCUAGAAACUGGCCUUAGCCAGAAUUUACUGAUAUGAUAGUUACUCUAA